CGCAGCAUCCUCAUCCCGCGGCACUCCGGACAUUCCCCGCCGCGGUGCGAGGGAAGAGGGAUCCCGUCCGACGCCGCCCGACUCGAGAACAGUUUCGUUCGGUCGCCCAGACCUUCCCGGGGCUAGAUCGCGGCCGCCCUUCGUAGCUCCUGGCCACUUUGCUCCCUCCCUCCCGCGUCUGGCUUUCGAGGGCACAGCCCUCCCGCAGCUGGAGGUUCGCCGGCGAUCGAGCCAUUCAUCCAUCCGUCCACCCAUCCAUCCACCCACCCCUCUAUCCAUACCCCGCAUCAUGAGUUCCCCGCUAAAGCGAGCCCCCCUGCUCAGCUCUCUGCUAAAGCGGCGAGGUCCUGGGAGCGCGCCGGCUUUCCCGCAGCAGCAACAGCUGCUGCCCACUUCGUCCGUGUGCGCCUUGGAGCCCAAGGCUCAGGUGCCCUCUUGCCCCAGGCACGCUCCCCACUCGCUUUCUGCCCUGCCCGGUCCCACCAAGUGGCCUCUGAUGGGCAGCUUCUUAGACAUCCUCUGGAAAGGGGGCCUCAAGAAACAGCACCAGACGCUGGCUGAGUACCACCAGAAGUUUGGCAAGAUCUUCCGCAUGAAACUUGGGAGUUUUGACUCAGUUCAUAUAGGCGCACCCUGUCUGCUAGAGUCUCUCUACCGGAAAGAGAGCACCUACCCACAGCGCCUGGAGAUUAAGCCCUGGAAAGCCUAUCGGGAUUACCGUAAAGAGGGCUAUGGGCUACUUAUCCUGGAAGGGAAGGACUGGCAGAGAGUAAGAAGUGCAUUUCAGAAGAAACUAAUGAAGCCCACGGAAAUUUUGAAGUUGGACACUAAAAUCAAUGAGGUCCUAGCUGAUUUUACGCAUCAAAUGGACGUGCUCUGUAACAAGAAUGGAGAAAUAGAAGAUUUAUAUUCUGCGUUGAACAAGUGGUCAUUUGAAAGUAUUUGCCUGGUGCUGUACGGGAAAAGGUUUGGACUUCUGCAACAGGACGUAGAGGAGGAAAGUUUGAACUUUAUCAAGGCUAUAAAAACGAUGAUGAGCACUUUUGGAAAGAUGAUGGUGACACCAGUCGAACUCCAUAGAAGUCUAAAUACUAAAGUUUGGCAAGCUCAUACAAAUGCAUGGGAUAAUAUAUUUAAGACAGUGAAAUGCUCUAUUGACAGCAGGCUGAAGAAACACUCUGCAAAUCCCUCUGAAGACUUCCUUUGUGACAUCUACUUUGGGAGUCAGCUUUCGAAGAAAGAACUAUAUGCUGCUAUUACAGAGCUUCAGAUUGCUGGGGUUGAAACGACUGCCAACAGUUUACUUUGGGCUCUUUACAACAUCUCCUGCAAGCCGGAUGUCCAGGCAAAACUCUUUGAGGAGAUACAGAAUGUGGUUUCACCUGGAGAAGACCCAAAUGGUGAACACCUGAAAAAAAUGCCCUAUUUGAAGGCGUGCCUGAAGGAAUCUAUGAGGUUAACACCUUCGGUGCCAUUUACCACUCGAACCCUUGACAAAGAAACAGUCCUUGGAGAUUAUGCUCUUCCAAAAGGGACUGUGUUGAUGAUUAACACUCAUGCUCUGGGAUGCAAUGAAGAAUAUUUCAGUAACUGGAGUCAAUUUCAGCCAGAGCGUUGGCUGCAAAAAAGCAUCCAUCCAUUUGCUCAUGCUCCAUUUGGCAUUGGAAAAAGGAUGUGCGUUGGGCGCCGACUGGCAGAGAUGCAACUUCAGUUAGCUCUCUGUUGGCUUAUACGGAAGUAUCAGAUUGUAGCAACUGAUGACAAGCCAGUAGAAACCCUCCACUUAGGAAUCCUCAUCCCCAACCGAGAACUUCCCAUUGCAUUCAAACGACGCUAAGAUUCUGUUGGAGGAGCAGUGGACCUUUUUGAUAGACAACACUCUUGAAUUCUCGGAUUCCCAGGUCCUGCUAGAGCCUAGUUAUAUUUUGAGCAAUGUGUGUUGACAGCAAGGAGAGAACAAAAGGAUCCCUAAGCUAGCUUGGAGGCAAAUCAGUCACGCUAUGUUGAGCACACCUAAGCAGUCAGUUCACAUUAUUGUAAAAGCCAAACCCAUUGCAAAGGUAUGCAGUGGAAGGAUGGCAGAAUUAAAACUUGGCAGAUGACAAUAGAUUUUUUUCAUAUAGUCUUGGCAAGAAAGAAAGAUCCAUUCUUUUUGAUCUGCUGGUGUGAGAUGUACAGUUCUCAGAUCAGUCUACCCAUGCUGUUAAUGUUUGUAGGAAAACAAUGAUCAGAAAGAGAUGGGAUAAGUCUCUGAGUUCACUCUUGACUCAGGAUGGAAAUGCCGGAGGAGAAAUUUUGCUCUGCCUGUUCCCCAAUUCCUGAUGGAAUUUAAAAUGAAGACCUUUGCCUGCAAGGGGGGGUCACAUGAUUGGGAAGGGGAGGGAAGCAUUCUGAGGGAUGGACUUUGUUUAGAUGUUCAUAAAGGGAAGAAUGGCAGUAAUAGAUGUACUUCCAUUUCUGCAUUAGAGUAGGAGAACUGUGUUAGUCUAUGGUGAUAAGAAAUCUGGAAUGAUGUUUGUAGAAAUGCACAAAGGCUGUAUUUGGAAAACAAAGUAUGUCUGACUCUCACUGAUGUUGCAUUCUUGCAACUACUGGCCCCUUUAGUAAACUGAGUAACUAUAUACGGAGAUGUAUCACACAUACACAGGCACGCACACACAUAGACACAGACACAGGUUUGCAGGCAGACAGAACAAUGACUCACAUCAUGGAAUGCAUACCACCCAGAUUGUUAUGCAGCCCUUCAAGGUGUUACAUACUUUGGAGAACAAAACAAAUAACUUGGGCUUGGACAUGCGGAGCUAUGUUUAAAGAUGCACUUGAUGACUCCAUUAUCCAAUAAGAUAAUACAGGCAGACCAGUACAAUGUAUGUCUUACCAGAUCAUACCCAGCCCCUAAGUUAUUUGUAGCAGCCCAACAAGGGUCCUAUAAUUUUUUUUCCCCCCCUUUUGCUGGCUGAGGAGUUGACUCUGUCAUUAGAUAAACUGAUGCAACUUCCUCAAGUGGCAGAUAUUGGGGGGAGCAAUGGCAGUUCUGGCCAUUCCCUUCUCUCCAUUGUAGAUGCUCCUCACAACCUGUCCUUCACCUAUUAAGCCAUCCAUCAGCUGUUCAUAUGUGGAAUGUAGCAGAGGGAGACAGGCUGCCAUCUUUCCCAAAGCCAACAAAUGUGUCUUGGGCUGGCCAUGGCUGCUUUUGUGGGAAGGCAAGAUCAUGACCUUUUAACUGCCUUUAAACAAAGAGUAAACAAAUUGUUCAGUACAGUGUUGUACAAGUUCCAUAUAGGUUCAUCAUCUCUGAACAGAGAGCAACAAGAUGGGAUUCAUUUUGCAUCCUUCUCACGGGCCUCUGAACCACCGCUGUUGGAAAUCGGAUGCUAGCCUGAUUAGACAUUCAGUCUGGUCCAGCAGGGCUCCACUUAGGUUUCUGAAUUCAGGCUGAUGUGUCAAAAAUUAUGCAGAUUGGAACAUCAGCCUUACAACAUUCCAUAGAAUAUAAGGAUUAUAGUUCCCAGGUAUUUUCUCCUAUUCCUUUUGUCAUAGUUUCCUUCUUAUUUUGUUUGUACAUGUUUUUUAAUUGUAUUUGUUUUUUUAAAAAAGUAAAUGUGUUUCUUAAGACCUGUAUAUUUUGAAGAAUUGUCAACAGCUUAUUUUCUCUACAGAAUGUCUUGUUUUUUUAAAGCCAAUGUUAACAUCCAUUUCAUCAUUGAUAGUUAAACCCACUCUUCUGAGAAUUUUGUAAUAAAAAGAA